CCUGUUCGGUGUCACUGGCGGUGUAACAUUACAGUAUACCCACUUAUCUGUAUCUGAAUCCAUCUACAGCCAGUGAGAGCUACAGGAAAAGCACUGUAAUCCGGACCCACUUCCUGGACAAGCCCGGGAUAACUUCUCACUGAUUUGAACCAAGGAAUUUUAGAGAUACAUUUCAGACUUAACAAGCCACAUUCAACUUAUCUUGGUUCUGGUGUAGUUUGUCAGAUAUUUGAUCGUCAAAGUCAAAAGGUAAAAUAAAAUGGAAGAAAUUUGCUCUGAUGAACCUGCUCCAGACACUGAAACUGAAAAUGACAGUCUACGGGUGUCCAGAGAAAUCACAAGGAAUAUUUCUAUGAAGAGGGAAGGGAGGUCCACUUUUGUGACAUUCAAUGACUUCUUCACCAAGGACCCGCUAGAUAACUCUAUACCUGUUUGUACAUUACGGGAAUCAAUAAGUUCGGAGCCCCUGCCAGACUCCCCAGGAUCCCAGAGGAGAAGUGUAUUGGACAGUUGUACCCCGGACUCUACCCCUCGAGAAUCAGUGAUCUCGGAAACCGCAUCGGACUUACCGGAAUCUUUAACAGCAGACGACACUGAGCAAGACCAUGUUGAUGGAGAAAAAGAUGUUCCAGUUAUAUCGACAGAAGAUCAAAAAGACAAGAGGUCAUUUGAAAAUCCAUUAACUAAAAACGGUGUUGUUCCGGCCUCAAGUAAUUUCGUACAAAAUGGUACCGAUACCACAGCGCACGAAGAGAACUAUUUUGAUCCUGAUAAAGAAGUGGAAAGCGGGCUUGAAAAUAUCGAGGUUUUAGAAACAACAAAUGAUGGCCAUAUAUGGGCGGCAUUCAGAAAGGAGAUAUCUGAGAUUGAUCCGCAUGGAAAGGUCAUAUUUAAGCAAGAACUGGACGUGGUUUUGAACGAUAUUGCUGUUCUUGGGUCCAAUUCCAUCUUUCUAGUUGAGUCUCAGAGCAAGACUAUUAGAUUUUUGAAAAUCGAAGCAGGGGAACCCGUGAUUUCUAUAUUUGAUGUGUUAUCUCCAGACACUCCAGAAAAAAUAUGCAUCAAUACGAAAACUAGAGAAAUCGUAACUACGGUUGUCAGCAAUAAAGGGAUUCUCUUUUUCAAGCGCGCACGGACUUCUAUCAAAAGAUACCAUUACAGUGGAAAAUGUAUCGAUGAAAUUAGCCCCAAACAUGACGGAAAAAUUGUUUUUGACAACUCUCUUGAUAUGGUCUCAAACGGAAAUGGCGACUUAUGCAUAGUGGCCACGAAAGGACCGUCUCAUUUUGUUGUCGUUUUUGACCAUUCAGUCAACUACCGGUUUCUUUAUCACGGCGAGGAAGGAAAGCAGGCCUCUUUCCGACCGACUUCCGUUUGCGUAGAUUGUGAUAAUAAUAUCUUAUCCCUAGACUCGAAUAGUCGCUCGAUUCAUAUCAUUAAUCAAAACGGAAAUUUUCUUAAAAUAUUCAGUCCUUUUAUUGGUGGUCCGGGGACUCCAAAGUUGAAAGCCUUUUGCGUUUACAAGGAAGACAAACUGCUUGUUGGACAAGAUACAGGAAAAAUUCGUGUAUUUAAAAACCCAAGCCUAUCAGAUGUAACAAAACUGUAGGAAACCAUUAGUAUACUUUAGAAACUUGAAAAGAAAGCAUAGGGACAGUUAAUAUGACAUAUUUCAUUGGCUAUUGGGGUACGUAAGAACUGUCUCUGAAAGCAGAAGGUCUCUUGGUGACAGUAUAAAAUAAAUCACAUGCAUCAAUUUUAUUUUAUUGUGUCAUAAAAAUUCUGUUAAAUUUAUGACUAUAGAUAAUACUAAUUAAAAUUAUAAAAAUCCAUAAUUUAUACUUUUUGUAUAAGCACAAGGUUUAAUAUUGAGAAGACUCUUUUUUGUCUUGUCACUGGUAAACCAUUGUUACGGAUUAUCGAGAAAGAGGUCACUUUGAACGUUUUACAGCAUUUGUUUUGUAGUUAUGAAUUAAAAAUUUUAUUACAUAUUUUUUAUAGCUAUGAAUUAAGAAUUUUAUCACAGAUUUGAUUGAUUGCUCUCUGUGUGUUUCUGUAACAAUAAUCAUAUACUUUACGCAGAAAUAACCCAGAUUACAUUGACUUAGUUUAUUCUCUGUGAACAAUGGAUAUAACUAGUGUUUUCAUGUAGGUUUAGUUUUGAAAGAAAUGAGAGCAAAGGGAAUGAUAGAAGAUCAAAAAGGAUAUUUUUCUUAAACCGAUAAAUCGAAAAUGCGUAGUGACAUUUAAAGGGACUAUAAAUAAGAAAAGAUUGGAAAUUUAUACAUGUAUGUAUAUGAGCAUUGGGAAGAUGAAUUAAUUAUGAAGCCUUAGUAUUAACUAAAUAUCUUU